CGUCAAAAUGACAGAUAACCUCGAGUGACGUGUAUGUUUUCUGGUUUGAUACGUUAGCAGAAAUUAGGAAAACUCGCUUUUAAUACCAUAUCUAAUAAUCGAUCCGAUAAGCACAUUAUCUUAUUGUUUAAUGUCCACGUAGCGACAACUUUUACACAGGUAUAAAAAUGCUGCGUUUCGUGAUAUUAGCUGCAUUUUUGCAAUGUACAUUUUCGCAACAAUAUCAACAGAAAGUUGCCCCUGGGGUUCCCCCGCAAAACUAUCAGGCAAACAACUAUCAAAAUGCGCCGCCCCCACCUCCCCCUCAACAGCAGCAAUAUCAGCAGCAGCAGUACCAACAACAACAAUAUCAACAAGUCCCGAUUCAACAACAACAAGUGCCGAUUCAACAACAAGUUCCAAUUCAACAACAACAGGUCCCUAUUCAACAGCAACAAGUCCCGGUUCAACAGCAACAUGGGGGCCAUGGUGGUGAGCAGCUUUUGAACACUGCAAACAUCGCACAGGAAAGAGAGCACAUCCAAGAGCACAUGGAGGUGCCCAUAGACACGUCCAAGAUGUCGGAGCAAGAGCUGCAGUUCCACUACUUCAAGAUGCACGACGCCGACAAAAAUAACAAGCUAGACGGGUGCGAGCUGAUCAAGUCGCUUAUACACUGGCAUGAGGAAUCUCAGAACAAGGAUCACGGGCAUCAACACGAGGGAGCUCCACCGAGCGGAGAAAAAAUAUUCACAGACGAAGAAUUAGUUACUUUAAUAGACCCCAUUAUGAAACAGGAUGAUAACAAUCUAGAUGGUUACAUAGAUUAUCCAGAAUUUAUGAGGGCGCAGCAGAGAACUGCCCAGAUUCAGGCGGAUAACGCCAGGAAACCACAGCAGUAACGUUUAUAAAAAACUUGGUAACUAAAUGACCAUACGAACUAAAAACCACCAUCUUCUUAUAGCAAAGCUUUAAAAGUGGAAAGAAACUACUGCUACGUUAGUCUUUGGUACGGUUUGGUUUCUAAACAGGACUUGGGUAAUUUAAUUAUGUAUUUCCCAAUGAAAUGGCGGCAUAGUGUUGCCGUUAUCUAGAUGUUUCCCUAUUUGUGGGUAACUUUCCCUUGCAUCUUAUAACAUUUAAAUUAUUGUAAGUAUUUAAGUAAAUUCAUAAUAUUACUUGUUUACUUAUUUGUGUACUUUCAUUAUUGAGUAAUACCCAGAUAUAUUUUUGAACAGUGAUUUAGCUGGUAGUGGUACCUAUAUAUUUAUUUAUAAAAAGUACUUUUGUGCCAAAUGUGUUAUAUACUGACAUUACCCAAGUAUCCAACUCAUAAGCAUAACUGAUGAGAUUACAUAUUUUUUUACUGAAAUUGAUUCUAACAGCGACUAUUUGUAUCGUUUUCUCUCAAUCUGUAUAUCAUUUUCAUAUGAAAAGAUGAAAGUAAGACUGAGAAAGAUACGUACACUGAUUAUACUGAUUAUGUACAUACUACUAGCUGUUUGAUAUCAACAAGUAUCCACUCAUAAAAUAGUAAAUAGGCAAAAAAAAACCUGCCCACUAUUUACUGCUGAACCUGUUAAAUGAAUUUAAAUUACGUCAUUUUCAAAAUCAGUUGAAUCUAAACAGCAACGCUGAAAGAUAAUGUAAAGAUACGGCAGAUGUGGCGUGUAUAGUUGAUACCACUGUUAGAAAUGGGCAUUUCUGUUUGUAUACCUGACUAUAUCCCAUUCCACAGGGAAAGACAUCUGACAGAACCCUCAUUAAAUUCGAAUAAGGAUAGUUUUUGUUUGUAUCAGUUGUCUUUCCCCGUGGAAUGCGAUAUAAUGAAGUGAACCUAAUUAUUAUUAUGUGCUCGGUAAAAAAAGUAUCUUUAAAACAUUCCUGAACCGGAAAUGCUAAAUAUUGUAUUAUUUUAUCACGUCAUUUUGUCCUAUGUAUAAUGUUGAUAUCAAUCACUUCUAAAUAAAAUUGUUAUAUAAGUACUUACUUUUCUAAAUACAUGUAUCAUGGGACAUAAUGAAAUGAACAGUCAGCUCAAAAUAGCUUAGGUGUUAUUAGUGCUUCCAAUUUAUACACACAAACAAUAUUUAACAUUAACAAGAGAGCACAAGAAAGAGUCGAAAAUAUUAUCGCGCUCG